CAGUGGCGCACGAGAUGUGAUGUAAGUGUCGUUGCAUUUUUGUUUGUUUUUUUUGUUUGUUUUUUUAGCCUAUCCAGUUGAACCCACUAGAUGCAGCGUUGUUCAUUCAAAAUAUUGCAGAAAAAGAGAACAUCAAUGCGGAGAAGAUCGUGUUUACAUCAAAACUGAAACCAAGCUGUUCUCACAGAACAAAUAUUUUGCGCAUUUUCCAGAAGGACAUCUAUCACCAUUGCACUUGCCCAUGCAAAAAAGCAGUGCAAAAUUCAACUUUUAAAAAAACAUGUCUCGAGACUUUAUGGUGGUUUUAAAUGAAAAAGGUACUCUGUGAUUGGCUUUGGCGUUUUGUAUUAAACUAUGCAUGCAUACGUGAUGUUUUGUUUAUAAUUGUUUUAGCAACUUAAUUAUAUUUGGUUUAUAAACAUUAUUUUAAACAUUAUGCAAUUUUUUUCACACGGCCAUCUUAUUGUAUUGUUUUGAAUAAACGUGCAUUUAGUAAUAUUUUGCUCAGUGCGCCCUUUUGUGGCCUCAGGAGAAAAGCCAAAAGCUUUUUUCCCCCUAACUGAAAUUAUGCCUUUUAAACUUGAAUAUUGAUAAUAUUUAAGUACAAAAUUCGAAUUUAGUUUUUAGCCAUUUUGACAGCCCUAGUGCGAAGGUGUGUAGUGUUUCUUUACAGUGACAUCGCCAUCUACUGGCCUGGCAUGCAUAAUGUGUUUUUAGUCAUUUUCACAGAUCCAUGUGAAUGGGGAUCAUUAUAAAGGCAUUGCCUUAAAUGCCUAACAUGAACAAUUUUGUGAAACGGUGCAUCUCUCUCUCUCUCUUUUUUUUUUUUUUCUGCAACCAGAGUUUAAAAUGUUAAUGAGCUAUAAUUAUUUGCAGCAAGACUUGUUUUGCAGCUACACGAGCAUCUGAUCUGAUUAUUUAGUUUCCAUGGCAGUUAUUGCUAUGGCAAUUGGUUUUGGUGCAUUUGGGAGUAUGUGACAUUAAAACUAGCACUAGACAAUUUCUGAACCUUUCUGAAACCUUCCUGAAAUUUCUAAAGCUGUUUCCGUUGGCGUCUGUAUUACUGCAUCAAUGAGCCCAUGACAUCAUGACAUCUCCACUAACAUCUGUGUUGUUUAUUAGUACAGUUUGAGCUUUCAAAACACCUUCUCCAGUCUGUUCUGGCUGUCAGGCAUCUGUGCGUCAGCAAAGGAGUGACAGUUAGACCUGUUCGUCACAGGAAACUACAAGUAUCUCAGUGUGCAAUGCUACAACACCAACACAACCACAGCAGAAUCCAGCAGUGACACUUCACCUGUAACUGAGCUCAACUUCUCUGCUCCUCAAGACAACAAGCCUUUACAGAAAUCACUCCAAAUAGUUGUCUGAGUUUUCAGGCUGUUGCACACGUUCAUAAACAGAUGUGCAGUUAAGGAUUGUGCUCGUGAAUAAGGAUUGUCAUCAUUGCUAGCCUGAGGACCAUGAGAUUGUGGUUCCCAUCAGCACUGUGUGCCUGAAAACUCCCGAGCAGUCGGACAUGGGCAGUCGGCCCAGUAAAGACCGGCGUGGAUCCAGCGCACAUGCUGUUCUCUUGGACACGGAAGAAAGCACUGACCCGCUGGCCAUGGACAGCGGUAGAUUCGUGGUGGUGUCCCUGUACGACUAUCCGUCCAGAGGUCCAGGUGACUGCGCUAUCAGAAUGGGAGAGAGGCUCAACAUUUUGUCAGAUGAGGGAGAGUGGUGGAAAGUCAGUUCAUCAGCCACAGGAAAUGAGAGCUACAUCCCCAGCAAUUACACCGCCAAAGUGUACAACAGGUGGCAGUUUGUGGGUCUCAGCAAACAGAAAGCAGAGGAACUGCUGCUGCUCCCCCAUAAUCAGCCCGGAUCCUUCCUGAUCAGAGAGAGCGAGACCUACCCAGGUAACCACACUCUGUCAGUGCGUAGGAGCAGCUCGCAUGAACGCGCUUCUGUCAAACACUACCGUAUCAGCUGCAUCGAGAACGGCUGGGUCUAUAUCUCUCCUGGACUCACGUUCAGGACCCUCUCAGACCUGGUCGCACACUAUUCAGAAGUAUCGGACGGGCUGUGCUAUACGCUGGGGGAGCCAUGCUACAUCGUUGGAUCCAACAAUGUUCCUGUGGUAACCGGCCCACCUCCGGUUGCUGUGAAGAGGCCUACUAUAAACUGGAAAGAUGUGGACAGCUCCAUGAUCUUUGGGCAGAAAAAAGACGGUGCAGAGGACUCUAUAGUGAGCGACGGCCUGAAGGAGGCCAUUAACUCAUACCUCUACAUGACGGAGGAAUGUGAGGACUGCUGUCAGCUCUGGGACACAUGAUUGGAAGACGGUCAUGAAACUUGGAGGACAAGUGUUUAAAUGACUUAGGACUCUUGAUGCCGUGAUAUGGGUUAAAACACUUUACAGAAACCCUGAAACUAAUUUUUCGUGACCCAGAUGCGGAAAAUGAACCAAAACGCAUCUAAGCGUCUUUUUUCGUUCAUGAAUUUCUGCGUAUAAACUGUUUAAGAGCGAAAGCGGCGUUGGAUGAAGUUCCCGGACGCACGCGCUGACUCAUUGCUGUUCUUCCAGAGUGGGUGCUGGAGACAAAGAUGUCACAGUUUCCUUUGUGGAUGUGCUCCUGGCGGACAUGAAAGAGAAAACGACUGAAGGAAAGAACGACAGAGUGUGUGAGUGGGAGGGGGAACACAGCUGGGUGGCAUACGCAUCCAUUUCCACUCCACUCACACUUUCUGGAACUUUAUCAGCGUCGUGCUCAUUACAAAUGUGAUCACAAUCACAUUUUUUGUUGAAAAUGCAGAACAAAAUGCGUAUUUAUGACUGUGUAACUAUAUACUGUUGCCCAAAAAUGAAAACUGUCAUUCCAAACCUGUUUGAGUUUCUUCUGUGGAACACAAAAGAAAGUUGAUAACCAAACAUUUUCAGCUCCAUUGACUAUAAAAAAUGUAAUGGAAGUCGCAAUAGUUUGGUUAUCAACUUUCUUUAAAAGAUGGUCUUUAGUGUUCAAAGUCAUACAGGUUUUGAGGUGAGAAAAGUCACAAUUAAUAUUUUUGGGUGAACUAUCCCUUGUGACUUAUCGACAUCAGUUAUGUUCUUUUAAAUAAACUCGAAAGAAAAAACGAG